GUAAAGGCGCACACACAAUCUGAUCCCAAAAGUAGGACAUGAAACAAAAUUGUUAAUUGAAUAAAAAAAAAAAACUGCUCCGGAGCACGCCUCCUCCGAACUAGGAACAGAUCCCGACCAUAAAGACUGAGCGAUAGUUCCAAUUUAGUCUCCUUGAUCCUUUGAUAUUUUUGAUCGACAGAAAAAGAAAUCGAUGAUACUGUUACAGUCCCAUUCACGAUUCCUUCUCCAGACUUUGCUGAAUCGAGUACAGAAUCUUGAAAAGUCAGUUGAGCUAGACUACCACUGGGUUGAGUUUGAUGAUGUUCGUUACCAUGUUCAGGUGUCAAUGAAGAAUCCACAUAUUCUACUUCUUUCGGUAUCAUUACCUACCCCACCUCGGGAAACUUUUUUCCUUGGUGGACUUCCAUUUGGAGCCAUAGAAGCUAUAAAAUCAGCUUAUGGUGUAAUUGUUCAAAUUCUAGAUCCUCCAAGGGAUGGCUUCAAUCUCACAUUGAAACUGAAUUUGUCCAAACUUUCUCCAGAUGAAGAGUACAGACAUGCUCUUUUGGUCAAGGUUGCAUCUGUUAGGGAAGUGGUAUUAGGUGCUCCUUUAAGAGUAAUCCUAAAAUAUCUUGCUUCAAGGACCAUUGCUCCUGAUAUAGAUCGGCUUGUUGCUCUUGUGCAUCGACCAAAUGAGUCCUUUUUCCUUCUUCCGCAGCAGGCAGAGAAGGUGACAGCGGUGUUUCCAAUGAGAUUCAAGGACUCGAUAGACACUGUUCUGGCAACCUCUUUCCUGCAGGAAUUUGUGGAAUCUAGGCGUACAGCUGGGCUGCAUAAUGCACCUCCUUGUUUGUGGUCUCAUUCUCCUCCGCUGGAACUGAAGGGAGCAACUGAUGAUGCAUUAUCAGCAAAUGCAGGAUUUGUUACUUUUGGUAAUAUCACAAGACUAGAGUUUCUUUUUCCUUUUUUAGUUAUGUUGUCAAUAUUACAAACUCGAUUAUGUGUAAUGAAUGCAGUUAUUUUCCCUCGUCAUGUGGAAGGCAAAAAAUUGGACCGUACUGUGUGGAAUUUAUCAACAUUUCAUGCAUAUGUGAAUUAUCAUGUUAAGUGCUCAGAGGGGUUUAUGCAUACCCGGAUGCGGCGACGUGUGGAGUCACUCAUUCAGGCUCUCAAUCGUGCCAAACCAGAUCAGGAGAAGACUAAGAAAGCAGCACAUACAAGAUCUUUCAAACGACUGAGCCUUAAGGAAAGUCGGACAAAUUCAAAUUCAUAAAUGUGCUGUGGAUGUGCUCUGGUCGUACCUCAAAGAAUACUUUGCCCAAGGCUUUGCUCAAGAAUACAUUUGCUAGGGUUUUGUUUGCAUAAGCUUGGGGAUUGAUUGCUGCGAGUGCUUGUAUUCUUAGACUUUUAUCUAAGCAAAAUGAACAUAUUCAAUCUAUAAAUAUGUACAACUCGGUGGUAGUCAUCUUGUGUGAGAGAAAAGAAUAAUUUUAUUAGGUCAUUUAAGACAUCUUGGCAGUUAAGUUUUUGCAAAAA